AUGCAGCCAACUCAUCCAUCGAGAUCGGAUCUAAUUUUAACGCAAUCUCCGCAUCCAGUUGUGAGUUCACUCAGCGGAAAAGAAAACAAUGAGCCUCUGACGCCGAUGUCAAUUAAACGAAAACAAGUUCUAAUUAAUGAAAAGAAUACCAGUAUCCUUCAACUAUGGGAUCAAAAGUUGCGUCUAUCCAACGAUCGAAUGGAGGCAUAUGCUUUGAGCGAAAUGGCAAAUAUCGAACGUUUGCGUAACGUUGAGCAACAAAUAACAUCGACAGUUGAUGAAUUCACUAAUGAUUUUAAACAACGUAUGCAAACAAUUCUUUCACAAAAUCAAUUAUUACUAACACAAGUACCACAGACAUUAGCACCAUCAACUCUCUUCAAAGAUGGACAACAGAUGUCUAGUGAAGCUUUUUUUGACGAAAUGAACAAACGUUAUUUUACUAAUGAUAAAUCUUUUGAGAAAUAUGCUGAAACAAUGGAAUUAUUUCGAUCGACAUAUCUGAUUUUGAAAAAGAAUAAUGAUCAAUUACGCGAACAAAUGAAAAAUCUGGAUGUAAAUCAAGAGUUACUCGAAAUGCAAGAACGACUGGAGAAGGCGCUGUUAGAACGUGAUAGUUAUUUAUCAUUGUACACAAUGGCAAAGAUACGUGCAGAGAAAGCCGAAGAGAAAAAUACGAAAAACAACGAACAACAACAAUCCAUUGUUGAACUUCUUGUUGAAAAAUUCGGCUUCAUCGAUCGUAUCCUUGAUACGAGCACAUUGCUUGCACGUGAUUUAUUUAAAGUUGAUACCAAUAUUGAAAUAUUUGUCAACUUUAAUGUACAACUAAGUACAGGAGAACAAGGAUACAUUGAAACAGCGAAAGGUUGUCCACCAGGCAAAUUUAAAAUAUGUAUACCAAAUGGAAUUACUCGUGAAACGCAAGAAUUAAUUAUGAAAAAUGAUGAUGAAUCCACGGAACCUGUGCGUGUUAUUCUCAAGUUUCGCAAAUAUCUUUUUCAAUCAGAUAUUAACUUAGAUGAGUCAGAUUAA